ACAAUUGACAAAAAAAAGAAACUUAAGACUUAUUUUAUUUAUAAGAAGAAAAAUAAAAUACCAUCUUGUUGUUUUGCUUACAACUUUACAUCAUCGAAUCUUCCCUUUUCAGUAGAACAAUACAAAUUCCCAUUCUUUUCAAAUCAACAGAUACAUACACACAUUGCAUUACAUAAUCACUGCAUUGCAUCAUCCCUUCUUUCUCUAUCUCUCUGUAAACUCUAAACUAUUUGCAACACUUUUCCUCAAAAGACUCAUUUUUCCUCUUCUUCAUUUUCAACACUCUGUUUCAAUCCCGUUCCUCAGAUCAAUGGCACAGUUUACCCCCUCAGGUAAAUCUGAUGAUAUUGCAUCAGAAGGAUGCAACGAAACAAGUGAUCUGGUUGUUUGUUUUGGUGAACUGUUAAUAGAUUUCGUGCCAACGGAAGGUGGAGUGUCUCUAGCUGAAGCGCCUGCUUUCAAGAAAGCUCCUGGUGGUGCUCCUGCGAACGUGGCAGUUGGCAUCUCUAAGUUGGGGGGUUCAUCUGCAUUUAUAGGCAAGGUCGGAGCAGAUGAAUUUGGGUAUAUGUUGGCUGAUAUUUUAAAGCAAAAUAAGGUCGAUAUAUCUGGUAUGCGGUAUGAUUCUAAUGCAAGAACUGCAUUGGCUUUUGUUACACUUAGAGCUGAUGGCGAGCGCGAGUUCUUGUUUUUCCGAAAUCCUAGUGCUGAUAUGCUUCUGGAUAAGUCAGAGCUUGAUCGAAACCUCAUUGUGAAGGCUAAAAUAUUCCAUUAUGGUUCCAUCAGUUUGAUUGACGAGCCAUGCAAAUCAGCUCAUCUCGAUGCUUUGAGAAUUGCUAAAGAGUCUGAUUGCAUCCUCUCAUAUGAUCCGAAUUUGAGAUUGGCACUAUGGCCAUCAGCUGAGGCUGCUCGGGAUGGUAUAAUGAGCAUAUGGGAACUAGCCGAUGUCAUAAAGAUCAGUGAAGAAGAGAUCACCUUUUUGACUGGUGGUGAUGAUCCUUAUGAUGAUGAUGUUGUAUUAAAUAAGCUUUUUCACCCUCAUAUCAAGCUUCUAAUUGUUACCGAAGGGUCAGAGGGUUGUAGAUAUUAUACCAAGGAUUUUAAGGGCAGAGUUGCAGGUGUCAAAGCUAAACCUGUUGACACAACUGGUGCUGGUGACGCCUUUGUUAGUGGGUUUCUGUACAACUUAGCUUCUGACCCAAGUAUACUCGAGAACGAGGAGCAUCUGCGAAAAGCGCUAUAUUUCGCCAAUGUAUGUGGUGCGAUCACGGUGACAGAGAGAGGGGCAAUUCCUGCACUACCUACAAAAGACGCCGUCCUGCAAUUUGAUGCAAAAUAGCAACACCAACAACAGUUCCUCUGUUAUAAAAUGUAGUGUUUGUUGUAUUUUAAGCUAUAGCUUAGGUGAUGCUGAGCUUCUUUUGUAUCAUUGUCAUUUAGGCUGUAUUUUUCUACUAUAGAAUAAGUUCAAAUUUGAGUUGCUAUCUCAAGCUAUGGCUUAUAUAGUUAUACAUAGCAGCUGAGCACACAGAUCAGUGUUUAGAAUCAGAUUUAGUGUUGUAGAAUGUUAGACUUAAGAUCUGUAAUAAAUCAUACCACAUGCCUCUAUUACUUUUGAUUGAACUCUUUGCCUAGUGUCUAUGCAAAUAUGACAGGGAUGUAAUCAUAGUAAACAUCUUCAGCAGCAGUAUUCUCAUAUGAGAUAGUGUCAUUUUCCAAA